AGAAAAGAAGCAAUGAAACUCAACCAAUCCUUCAAAAAGUACAAAGAAUCCGUAAGGCAACACAAAGAAACUAUAAGCAACAGUGAUAAUACCUCACCCACAGAAAAUGAGGCAGAAAACUCGACGCAGGAUUCAAGGACACCAGAACAAAAUCGGGAACUACCACAAACACUGAACAAAGAUGAAGGUAACAAUAUGGAUAUGACAGAAUGUGUUAAUACUUCAACAGAAAAAACAGGAGUUCAGUCUAAUACGAAAAAGGAUGCAGAAAUGACAUUAGAAUCCUCUGAUGAAUUAGACCUUUUGGAGGAAACUCCUAAUUAUGAGGAAACUCUUUCAUCUAUGAUUGAUGAUGAUAUUCGAAACUCAACACCAAAAAGAGAGGCAACAGACUUUCAAGAAGUGACAGAAGAUGGCUUCACCACGCACUAUUUAUUGGACUCAGUAUAUUAUCAACAAUUUAACUCUCAAUCUCAACUUCGAUCUUCUACUGGUGAUUCUGAUAGCAAUUCUGAGGGG